AUGGCCGAAGAAAAAUUGACAGUACCCGCCGCUCCGGCUCGUGUCGAACUCGCUCCGUACAAGCCCACGCCAAAGUUUGUUUUAUCCGUACGCCUAUUUGAAAUAGUAUGCGGACUGGUCGUGCUAAUCACUCUUGGAGUAACAGCCGCAGAGUCGAAAAAACUGGGAGAAGGCAUUCCCAACUGGGUCAUAUACGGACUGGUUCUCUCUUCCGUCAGUACUGUGGUAUCCGCAUUGGUCUUGUUUUUCGAUCGAUCAACCAAAUUCGCGUUAAUCCAGGGACUUCUUUCGAAUAUCUUUCUUGUGGCGUAUAUUACGUAUACCGCUCUCGGAGCUGUACAUACGCCAGCUUUUGAAAAGUGCACUGACUAUGCCAAGGAUGAGGAAAAUAGAUGUUCUGCACCUAAAGCAGCCGAGUUCUUUUCCUUUUGCGUCGUUUUCGCUUUCGGGUUCAGUACUUUUGGUGGAUACUUUGCAUGGUGGGAUGCAAGAAGGAAGAAAAAGGAGAGAGAUGCGAUUUCGAAAGCAGAGACCGCUACGACGACUGUGAACGAAUCGUAA